AUGAAUAUUAAAUUGAGUAUUACCACAUUAGCUUUGUUGCUAUUGUUAUUAGCUUCCAAUGUCACAGCUCAACCUGGCGUUUUCAAUAUAAGAAAAUAUGGUGCACCUAAUGGAGAUAUAACCAAUGCUUUGAAAAAUGCUUGGAAAGAAGCAUGUGAAUCAAGAAGUAGAAGCAAAGUUGUGGUUCCUAGUGGUAGAUACAAGUUGCAACAAAUAGAUCUUGAAGGACCAUGCAAGGCUCCUAUUGAGGUUAAGGUGAAUGGGAUAAUUCAAGCACCAAAAAACCCUUUCCACCUUAAUGGACAAGAUCAAUGGAUUAGAUUUCAAUAUAUUAAUUUCUUUACCUUAUCCGGUAAGGGAACUUUUGAUGGUCAAGGUGAAAUGGCUUGGAAGCAAAAUGAUUGUGGGAGAAAUACCAAUUGCAAAAGGCUUGCCAUGAAUUUCGGUUUUGCUUUCCUCAACAAUUCAGUUAUCAAGGACAUAAACUCAAAAGAUAGCAAAUAUUUUCAUGCCAAUGUUUUCGGUUGCAACAAUGUGACAUUUACAAACUUCAACAUAAAUGCACCCGAAAGUAGCCCAAACACAGAUGGAAUUCACAUUGGAAAAUCAAGUAGAGUGAAAAUUAGCAAUUCCAAAAUUGGCAGUGGUGAUGAUUGCAUCUCUCUAGGUGAUGGUAGUACACAAAUCACAAUUCAAAAUGUGACAUGUGGACCAGGACAUGGUAUUAGUGUUGGAAGCUUAGGAAAAUAUCCUAAUGAAGACCCUGUUGUGGAUCUUAUAGUAAAAAAUUGUACAUUGAACAAUACAGAUAACGGUGUGAGGAUUAAAACAUGGCCUGGUACCUCAGUGAUUUCUAUUGCAUCUCAUUUGCAUUUUGAAGAUAUUGUAAUGGUUAAUGUUAGCAACCCUAUUAUUAUUGACCAACAAUAUUGUCCAUGGAAUCAGUGCUCCAAACAGAGUCCAUCAAAAAUAAAGAUAAGAAAAGUUAUCUUCAAAAAUAUUAGAGGAACAUCUGCAACUCAAGAAGGGGUUUCUCUCAUUUGUAGCCGUGGUGUGCCAUGUGAAGCUGUGGUACUCAGUGACAUAAAUCUAAGUUUUAAUGGAUCUGAAGUAACUGCUAAAUGUGCAAAUGUAAAUCCCAAAAUUCGAAGAAAAGCACCAAUUUGUGCACUACCACAUGCAUAGAUAGGGUCUCCUUCAUUUUUACUACACCUUAUUAAUUUUCUCAUAGCCAGAUAAGCUAUCAAACCUUUGUAGAUACAACCAAAUGAGCUAGUCACAUGAGAAAACAACACCAAAAAACAUCAA